AUGGACCUACAAGACGAUACCCUUUCUUUUCCAUUUGAAGAUUUUGUGGUGGACCCGAUUGAUGACAUCGACUUUAGUUUGGAUCUGAACUUGCAAAGUAUUUUUAAUGACCCGAACCUGGAUCUGAACGCUUUCAACGUACUUGAUGAUAUUCCAACUGAACCUAUUGCCGACACUUCGGAUAGCGAUAGCGGCAUUAGCAAUUACGGUGACAAACACUCCUUGGGUUCUGUUGACCAGGGCAAUACAGAUUUCUUCAAGCCGAGUUCUUUGCCGAGUUGUGACGCUAGCUCAGCGACUCAAUCAGUUCCUAUACUGGUUAAAACCAAUUCAACUUCACGGGAGGCUCCAACUUAUCAAAUUAAACGUCCGAGGCCUCCAGAGCUUCUAAUUACUGGAUCUCAAGAGCCUCAGGUCUUUCAGAGGCCAAGUCUUCUUUCAUCGUCCCCUUCAUUGAGCCGAGCGUUUCCCUUCGACACCACUCCGGUUAAGCCUGAGCCCCCUGGAUACUUCUCCACUGUUCGGCCUGUGUCAUCUUCCAAUCACACCCCAACAAAAAUCCCCCGCAUUCUUUCUCGCACCCAUCACUUCAAAUCGAACUGUAGUAUUCUCUUGAAGUGGGGAUCUGGCGAGCUACCCACCGUCGGCCAGCAAGCACGCAGUUUGAAAGUUCCAACCUCUUUUUUGCAGGUUAGCAAUGUACACAUACAGCCGUCAUUAGUUGGUUGUGGUGUCCAACCCAGCUAUCAAACGUCUACGAGGGCACAGAGCCACGGCACCCUGGUUCCCGCCAUCAUCAACCUCCCUGCAAUCGACGAGUACACCUUCUCCAACUCCUUCCAGGCUCUGCAACCCACCGCCGAGGCGGAGAGUCUUGAGAAGCUUGUCAAAAGGCAGGAGAGAAUGAUUAAAAAUCGACAGGCUGCUUGUCUCAGUCGUUUAAGGAAAAAGGAGUACUUGGAGCGCCUGGAGCACAAGCUUGACCAGUUGAGGCAGGAGAACGCCUACUUGCGCCAGGAGAAUAACGAGUGGCGGCAUCGCUAUGACCACCUCGAAAGGUGCCUUGGCGACUUACAGAAUUGUAUUAAAGGCAGCUUUUUUUCAGGUCGAAGUAUCGAGUUUGAAUCGUUCUACGGAGGUCUCUGGAGCAAUAGCACAAUCAACAACUGCUUCUCCCUCUUCCUCCUCACCUCCUUUGGGCUCCUCCUCUGCUUCACAAGCCAAUCUCGUCUCUUCCUCCUCUUCCAACCAACAAUCGCCAGCGUCUCAGCAGUCUGUGCUGUUUCCUACCCCUACCAAAAUCAGCGUCAUGAAGACUCCCGAGUGUCUUUUUGGAGUCCUGUGGGUCAAUUCACGCAUGAUAUUUCGGCAGUUUUUUACCUUAAGUCGCUGAACAACAGGGCACCUCUCCUGCGAAAGCAGGCAGCCGAACAGAUCAUCCUCCAAAAGACUGGCAGCCGCCUUCGUUUUUCCACGUCGACCACGCUGCCCCGCGGGGUGCGGAAGAAAGUGACCACGAGUCUCUUCGCUGUGGUCUGCCUCCUCGUGAUGAACAUCUCCCUCACGCCGUUAAACCAAUUCGCCAGCCAAAUGCCCUUUGACGGAGCCAAAGCUUCUGGUGUCGUGUUGUCUGAUUAUCCAGAUGACAUCAUAAAGGACCCAAGUGGUGGGAGGGCUCUCCUUUCCAUCUACUCAGAAGAAACUAGUCAACGGACGAAGAAUCAGAAGAACUCGUCAGGAGUGGGUGACGUCGAGCGCUGUGUGCCGGCUGCUCUCUACGACGCCAAGGAACAACCGGUGUGGAUCGUGCUCGACGAUGGUGACCUCGAUCUGCUGCCACUCAACGAGCGCAGGAAACAGUCGGCCCACAGUCGACACACGAACACUUCCAGGCAGACCACAUCGGAGCUCUCGCGAUGGCAUCUCGCCAGAAACCGAUCUGAUCGGACCCAGCGUCGACGUUUGCAAAAGGCCUACAUGCUUCGUCGUCGGGAUUUGACUGCUCGAAGGAACCCACAAGGCGUGGCAAAGGAUGAAUCGGUCAUUUUGCUGGACGACAUGCCUCCCUCGAAUCUCACCGCCCUUGUGCACAAUGCACCGCCAGCUCCCUUGACCGGCAAAGCCAACGAGACUGACAGAAGUCUGCGCAUUUGCAAACUGCAAGCGCACAUGUCGAGCGUGAAGGGCCUUCGGUGUCGACGUGAGCCGUGA